AUGGAGAAUUGGGAGCAGUCACACGAAUCUAUUAAGGCUGAUGUCAGCCAGUUGAAGGAUCAGAUGACCCAGAUUUUGGCGGCUCUCGAAGCCCUGAAGACUACGGGAGGGGCGACGCCUGCGCAAGUUGAGGGAAGUGCUCAAUAUUACCCUCCGUUGUUCAAUGCUGGGAGCCAAUCUGUUUCGUUCCCAAUGUAUGGAUUACCUCCAGGUUACACCCCACCUAUGGGAGAAUACACAGAAGGGGAGCAGACUUCAUUCUCUUUCCCUACCACUGCCAACGUACCGCCAAUCAGUAAUCAGGGACCUGUUGUAAUGUCCGCACCUAUGGUAAAUGAAGGAAUGCAUGCAAACAUGUCUGAUGGAAUACGAGUAACCCCGGUGCCACCUGUGAUUACCGGAGAGGGCUUUUCUACAAGGGUUGCGCCAUAUACUUCGUUUCAGGGGGUAAUUAGUAAUGUCGAUGGGGCAAAGGAUAAACUGGAGAGCCUAGAGGUAAGAUUGAGGGCUGUUGAGGGAUAUGAAAGUUAUGGAUUCGGAGAUGUUGCCAGAUUGAGCUUGGUUCCUGGCGUCAAAAUACCACAUAAGUUCAAAGCGCCAGAUUUUGAGAAGUAUAAGGGAAAUACAUGCCCAAAGAGCCAUCUAACCAUGUUUUGCAGAAAGAUGGCUGCAUAUUCUUAUGACGAGCAGCUGCUCAUCCAUGUUUUUCAAGAUAGUUUGGCUGGAGUGGCAUUAAACUGUUUACAGCUGCAAAACAUGUCGAAGAAAGACAACGAAACUUUUAAGAAGUAUGCUCAACGGUGGAGGGAAUUGGCUGCACAAGUUGAGCCACCUUUGUAUGAUAGAGAAAUGGUGGCAAUGUUUGUAAAUACGCUCCAACCACCAUUUUAUGAACAUAUGGUGGGAAAUGUAUCUUCAAAUUUUGCCGAUAUCAUCGUGAUAGGCGAGCGGAUAGAGAUCGGGUUGAAAAAUGGGAAGAUUGCAUAUGGCUCGUCGGUGGUUGCAAAUUCAAAAAAACCAAAUUUCAACUCAGGAAAAAGAAAAGAAGGAGAUGUGCAUGCAACAUCUGCAACCCCCGUGUGGAGAGGUCAGGCUCCCACUCAUAACUAUCGACCAUACUGGGGUCAACAUCCCCAUGCAGCUAACGCGUCAUUUGGUCAUCAAAUUAGGCCUCAACAACAACCAGGGUACUAUCAACCACAAUACAUCUCGACGAAUAAUUGGAGGGGAGGGGCAAACGUAGGUUCCAAUAUGAAUGUGGGUCCAAAUACUUAUCCAAGAAGGAACCAAGAAAGAAAUUAUGUUAACUUUACCCCAAUUCCUACAACUUAUACGGAAUUAUUGCCUCAUCUUAUCAAACAAGGUCUAGUUGUCGUUUGUCCCCUGAAGCCUUUGCAGCCUCCGUACCCAAGAGGUUAUGAUGCAGAUGCAAAGUGUAGUUAUCAUGGAGGGACCGCUGGUCAUUCCACUGAGAGGUGUCUGGCUUUCAAGCAUAAAGUGCAGACUCUAAUUGAUUCUGGGUGGUUAAAAUUCCAAGAGGAUAAGCCUAGUAUCGAGGCCAAUCCUUUAUCUGGGCAUGGAAGUGCUUCGACGAAUGCUGUCGAAGUGAAAGAACAUGAGCUGGUGAGAAAUGUGAAAGAAGUCAGGAGCUCUAGGAGGUUUAUUUUGGAGGCGUUGCUGAAAGUAGGUAUCUUGAAGGGUGAUUAUGAUGAGAGUAUGGCAUGCACGCUCCACCCAGAUGCUGAGCACUCUAUUGAGGAGUGUGUUGAGUUUGAAGAAAUUCUGCAAGACCUGCUAGAUCGUGGUCUGAUGCAGAACGAAAAAGCCGUCCCAUGGAGAUAUGGGACACAUGCGUCAGGCGAAACACAAAGCGUUGAUCCUGUCGUCAAAAACAUAUCAGGGAUAGGUGGAAUUACUAGGAGUGGUCUAAUUUUCACGUCACCAGAGUUGGCACGAGAAAGAGUUAAUGAUAAGGAAGCAACGAUGGCCGCGAAGGCAAAAGAAUUCUUAAAGGGGAAGGGUGCACAGACAGAGGAGAUCCCUGACAAGGAAGAGAGGCGAGAAGUUUCUGAAGAGGAGGCUUGUGAAUUUUUAAAAUUCAUACAACAAAGUGAAUAUAAGGUGGUGGAACAGUUAAACCGUAUGCCUGCUCGUAUAUCCUUGUUAGACUUGCUCAUGCAUUCGGCAUCACACAGAAAGUUGCUAAUGAAGAUACUCAGUGAGGCUCACGUGGAGCAAGGUAUUUCGUUGAAUAAAUUCGAGGGUAUUGUUGGCAAUAUUGUUGCUAAUAAUUAUCUCACCUUUAUGGAUGAAGAAAUACCUGCUGAAGGAAGAGGGCAUAACAAGGCUCUUCACGUCUCUGUGAAGUGCUUGGAUCAUGUUAUAGCGCGUGUUUUAGUGGACAAUGGGUCCUCUUUGAAUGUCAUGCCGAAAGCAACCUUGGAAAAGCUACCUUGCGAAGGAAUGCAUAUGAGGCCGAGUUCAAUGAUUGUGAGGGCGUUUGAUGGUAGCAAACGAGAGGUGAUGGGAGAGGUGGAAUUACCAAUGCAAGUUGGCCCGUGUGUCUUUCAAAUAACAUUCCAGGUUAUGGAUAUCCUGCCAGCUUAUAGUUGUCUGUUGGGGCGCCCAUGGAUUCAUUCGGCUGGAGUUGUGCCUUCUACACUACACCAGAAGUUGAAGUAUGUGAUGGGAGAUAAGCUGGUGAUAGUAUCAGGAGAAGAGGAUCUUCUUGUGAGUGGGCCAUCAUCCACACGCUACAUCGAGGCAGCUGAAGAAGCUCUCGAGACAGCCUUCCAAUCAUUGGAGAUUGUGGGAAAUGCUUGUGUGGAACCGUUUCCAUUAAAUCCUCGUCUAUCAUGUGCUUCUAUUAUGAUGGCUAAGAUUAUGCUAAAGGAGGGCUAUAUAUAUGGGGAAGGUUUGGGCAAAUAUCGGUAG